ACUCACAGACUCACCUUCCUUUCUUUACACUUAAAAAUCAAACCCCCUCUCACCUUCUUAAAAGAAAAAGCCGUGUUCACCAAAACCCACAAAUUUAGACAUAUUCAUCCACAUUAUAGCCUCUCUCUCUCUCUCUCUCUCUCUCUCUCUCUCUCUCUUGUCCAAAGUCCAGUUUGUAGCACUCUGGUUUUGAGUCAUAAUUUUCUCUGAGAGAGAGAGCUUAUUUUGGGAACUCCUAAAUCUUAGGGAGCUAUAAGAGAGAAUCUGGGCGUGAAGUUAUUAGAUUUGGUGUUUUUUCAGACAACUUUUUUUUAUUUCCAAAUCUGUACAUUUUCUCAUUUGCCAACAACCCAAUUAAAUUACCUAACAAAUCAAGGAUUUUUCUGGAGUGCGAAGAGAUCUCAAAUAUUAAAUCUUUGAUCUGGUUCAUGGUUUUGGAGAUUAAAGAGAAAAACUCAAAACCAUUUCAGUUUUGAGCAUAAUCUUGUGAAAGAAAGAUGUCAAGAAGUAAUGGGAUGUUAUACCCAGUCAUUGGGUUUGCAUCUUGUGUUAUACUGAUGUACAUGUCAUUAGGGAAUUUUAGUAUUCCUGCAUCUAAACAACCUGAGAUGAGUUUUGUGACUGUUAGUGAAACUCAGUUUAUGUUAGAUGGGAAAACAUUUUAUCCUAAUGGUUGGAAUUCUUGGUGGUUAAUGGAUCAAGCUGUUGAGGAUGAAAGUAGAUACAGAGUUAGGAAUAUAUUCCAAAUUGGUGUCAAGAUGGGUCUCAGUGUCUGUAGAACUUGGGCUUUUAACGAUGGUGCUUACAAUGCUCUUCAGAUUUCUCCUGGUAAAUUUGAUGAACGCGUCUUCAAGGCACUGGAUCAUGUAAUUGUUGAAGCAAGACGAAAUGGUGUUAGAUUGAUUCUUACACUAGUUGAUAACUUGCAAGCAUUUGGUGGGAAGACUCAGUAUGUGAAAUGGGCAUGGGAGGAAGGUGUCGGUGUAAGCGCCUCAAAUGAUUCUUUCUUUUACGAUCCAACCAUCCGUACUUAUUUCAAGCAAUACGUUAAGGCUGUGCUAACCAGAAAGAACAGCUUCACCGGAGUUGAGUACAGGAAUGACCCAACAAUCUUCGCUUGGGAGUUAAUGAACGAACCUCGUUGUAUGACUGAUCCUUCUGGUGACACCCUUCAAGACUGGAUUGAAGAAAUGUCUAGCUACAUAAAAGCAAUUGAUAAAAACCAUCUGCUAACCAUGGGGAUGGAAGGAUUUUAUGGUCCUACAACCCCCGAAAAGUUGAAUGUGAAUCCAGAAGAAUGGGCAGGCAACCUGGGAACCGAUUACAUUCGCAAUUUCAAGACUCCAAACAUGGAUUUCGCCUCUUUUCAUGUCUAUCCCGAUCAUUGGUUUAAGGAUCAGACCGUAGAAGACCAACUAGCUUUUGUCAGAAAAUGGGUGUCCUCUCACAUUGACGAUGGCGAAAAGAUACUAAAGAAACCUGUAUUGAUUAGUGAAUUUGGGAUGUCAAACCUGAACAAGUUCUAUACUCAAACCAACAGGGAACAAAAUUACAAAAUUAUCUUUGACUUGAUGCACAGAUCCGCAAGGAAGAAGAAAUCAGGAGCUGGAGCUUUUAUUUGGCAAUUCUUGGUUAAGGGCAUGGAAGCGUAUGGUGAUGAUUUUGGUUUCAUCCCGACUGAAAAUCCUUCGUUAUAUAAGCUCAUAGCUAAGCACUCAUGCAAGUUAGCCGUGGUCCAACAGAAUGAGGUCUUAUUGAAGCAAAUAUCAAAAGGCAUAUGUCAAAGUUGAUUUUGAAGUAGAAGUUCUCUCAGUUUCGAAGUUAUAUCUUUCUUUGCAGAAGAUGAGAGUUCAUUCAUGGUUGGAGCUCAGACUGGAGAGAAAUGUUGUUUUGUUUGGUUUGGUUUGUCUUGUACUUGUAUUUGUUUCCUCCAAUGACCGUAUAGAUAUGUUAAUGCCAAUAGAGAUGAUAUCAGCAAUGAGUUGGGUAUUUGUAUUAUGAUUCAAUCUAUAUUAAAUUUUGAAAACUAGUCGAGGUAAUAUAAUCUUUCUUC